GAGCACAUGUAGUUCAGCAGCGGGCUAGUCAGGCUGUAUGGGUGUGGAGGCCAAAAACGCAAGUUAAACCACCUUUGAACACCUGUACAUGUGUUGCACUAACUUGAAUAUUGACGUCCAUAGACACUUAUUUCAGAAAAAGCAACCUAACCUCAAACUUAACUUCAGGUAUAUUUUACGUCAACUUUUUUUCUCUUCCAAUGCUAUGCAAAAAGUAGCAAAACGCACAUAGAAAGUUAUUGAGCAUCAGAACACAGUGUUUAAGAGGGUCCAUAAACACUCUACUGGUGAAUUUACGGCAAUAGCAUUCUGCACAAUAUUUAAGAUCAUCAACAACACUGGAAGUUACGGCAGGUUGCCAAAGUUCAACCCUGAUACUAACAGUGGCUUAAGAGUUCAAUACAAACGUACCUGUACCUUGUUCACCGAUUCACGUGUGCGUCUCCAGACGUUCUUGGAGAAGGCGAGUUCGGUAGUCUUCACUUGGCUUGAACUGUCUGGGAUGAAUUGAUAAGACAUGCCUUCAAUCUUCAAGACACACGUUUCUAUAUAGUGUCGUAUGCAAAAACUACCGUGUGCAGAACAUUCGGGGGUCAUGAAAGGGUGCGGAAAUUUGUUUCUCUGUGCUCGAACAAAUUUACGUUGUUUAGUAUUACAGAACAAGAAACAAUUUCUAACCUCUAGCAUGGCUACUACGGGGGUAUUAUGCUAACCUUUGUUGCGGCAAAAAUUACCAACACAAUGGUACUCCGUACGUGACAAAACUUACCAACACAAUGAUACUCCGUACGUGACCAAAAUUCUCCUGAGGGCCUCCGAGAGGUCUUUUACGUACGGGAGAAUGACAAAUCCUCUGUUGAUACGACGAGGAUCACGGUUUACAGCCCUGGGUUUUUCUGUACCGGGUGCUUGUUUAUCCCCAUCCGCAAGCGCUCUACGGUCUGAAGGGUCGACAUCAGGAACGUGGAUGGAAAACUCCCCAGGGACUCGGCUCUUAACGUUUCCGCCACACAAAAUGGAUAAAGGUGACCAUGAUUCAGCGGGGGGACCAGGCGGCCGCGGUGCCCGCUGCAGCUUCGUCCGCCCCCACCGUUUCCACAUUGUCGUCGGUAUUGCCGUGCUGCUUAGUCUGGUCACCGUAGGACUUGUCUGUCUGACAAUCAUCAGGGAGACGAGUCCCACAUCACCUGACAGGACUACAGGAGACCUUGGCUCCCGUAACAACAGUGAGCCAUUCCUCUUGGUGGCUGACGUUGGAACAGAAAAUGAAGCCGGCGCCAUUCUACAAGUUGACAUCACUUCCGGGUCAAUGGUCAAGCUUCCACUGGAUGUGGACUUCCCAAGGGCCCUGGACUACGACCCGCUCACCGACUACGUGUACUGGUCAGAAGAGGACGGCCACAUCAAACGGGCUUGUCGUGAUGGAAGUGGCAUGGAGACCAUCAUAGAUGUCUACCUGGUCGAUGACCUGGCAUUGGAUCACGCUGGGGAGAAUAUCUACUGGUCUGACUUAAUUGCAAAGACUAUCUAUGUAGCAAAGAAGGACGGAUCGUCCGCCAGGACACUUCUGACGUUACCAGGCCUGUACGUCUUCUCAGGGUCUGCGGGUCUGGUUCUAGACCCCAGGAAUAGACACAUGUACUGGACCGACCAUGUUGAAGGGAGGAUUGAGCGUUUUGCGAUGGACGGCAGUAAUCAAACCACCAUCAGCUCGGGUCUGUAUCGGCCCGGAGUCAUCACAAUAGACUUCAAUGAGGAUCGGCUGUACUACAGUGCCGGUUACGAAAUCCACAGCUCAGACCUGCUGGGCAACGAUAUCCGACAAUUGAUGUAUGAAGGCGGGAAGUUGGUUUGUGGGAUUGCUGUUGAUGAGAACUUCGUCUACUGGUCGUCUGCCUGGCCAGUUAUACCUUCAUCCCCGGCAGGCCCGUGGCUGGGAAAAAUCGGAAAGUAA